ACUGCAGGUACAACACAGACACCGACAGCUGGAGAACAGACGUGGCGUCCUUGAGCAGCCCCCGCAGUGGAGUGAGUCUGGUGGAGCUGGAUGGAUACUUGUAUGCUAUUGGAGGAUAUGAUGGCAUUGCUGCAGUGAACACCGUGGAGAGGUAUGAUCCCAAGACAAAUACAUGGAGCAAGCAGACUCCAAUGACAACCAGGCGCACCCGAGCUGCAGCCGCCGUGCUGGAUGGCUACAUCUACGUGAUUGGUGGACAUGAUGGAGUCAUGGCCCUCAGUUCAGUGGAGCGCUACAGCCCUUUGGAAGGUACCUGGUCUGUGUGUCCUUCCAUGAAGAGUCCCAGAGAAAAUGCCGGUUGUACUGUGUACCUGGGUAGGAUCUACAUGGCUGGGGGUAAGGAUGAGCUCGGCCUGCAGCUCUGCACCGUGGAGAAAUUUGAUCCCGACACCAUGAGAUGGGGCCCCGUCAAACGCAUGAAGUGCAAAAGGAACCAUGUUUCCCUUGCAGUCUUCAACGGAGCGCUGUUAGCCAUUGGAGGAUGUGACGGCGUCACCAACCUAAAAACCAUCGAGGUGUACAGCCAUGAGACAAACACAUGGAGACACUUUGGCAGUAUGAAGGCCAGGCACCCAGGGGGCAGAGCGGUUGUGCUGAACUGAGGCUGGACGGACGAUGGAUGGGCGUUAUGGGAAGAGCCGACACAGCUGAACGAGUGUUAGCUAAGCUCCAGGCUGCAUGUUGUUUAAGAAAGGUAGAAUAAAGGUCGUAAGAUCACAUGAGUGUCACUGUGAAACAUGAAAAUGAAUAAUUUUGACCUUUGUCAUGAAGUAAUUGUGGCCAUGAUGUUGACAUGCAUUGUGGGUCGCCAGGUAAGCUGCGCCUUGUAUGAUAUGGCUGCUGACGGAUGAAGCUGCUUUUGGACAGGUGUUUUCUUUGUUUUUUUUCUUUUUCAGAAUUAGAAACUAAAAAGCUUUUAGGAUGAAAACAUUUGAAAAGAUGUGAAAUAGUGUUGCACAUGUUUGCACAAGGAAUUGUAACAUAAUGAACUUUGUUUCGGUAUUUUUAGAGAAUUUCUGACCUUCCCUAUGGUUUCGUCAAAUGUAGGAAGAGUUUGUCCAGACUUUUGGAGCUCAGUAAC